CUGGUGCGAGUCGUAUACCCACCUUCAAGGUCGUUUUCUUUUUCGUGUAGAUAUUCAUCUACUAGAAAAACCACUAAGAUCAUGCGAUCCAUUUUUACGGUUCAUCGUCGUGCACUAGUAAAACUGUAAAUUCGACGAAACCAAGAAAGACUUAUGGACGACGUCGACGAGCUUGAUAUGAUAAGGGCUGACUUUAGUGCGCCAUCUCCUUUGCAGUCCACAGGCAUGCUUGCACCCUCGCAAACUACACGAGACUUCUGCGGUCCGUCUAGUCGUGAGGAAGCUCCUGCCCUCUCAUCGUGGUCUCAAGAAACCUCCAAGGCCGCAGAAGUGGCUGGCGCCGGUGCCGAAUCUUGCGAACUACAGAGUAAAAAUCGGGCGGAGCAUGAUCAUUUUCAGCAUGAUCCGGAUGUUGAAAUACUUUUCGAGGAAAAUGGGUUUCAAGCGUUAUCUGUUACUUCAACGAAGAAGUCCACAACUGGAAAGACCGCUACUUCCACUAUCCCCGGUCCUCGUCCUCUGCACACGAAACAGAUCAAGCUGGCACCACUGACGAAAAAAGUUGUGCAGACGCCGACCACCACCGCAUCAAGCUCCGCUGGCAGUGAGCAAGAACCUCCAAAGUGGUCCAGCAACGAUAACGAACUCGACGGCCCGUGCGGUGGAGUGAAGACCCGAGCUAGCACUUUUUCGUCGAAGAAGAACUCCAGUACCAGCGAACCACGCGCCGCCGAGCACGAGCUGCAUAACAGUAGUACUACACCAGAGGAUCAAGAACGACCCGAAAAGACAGAUGAUAAUUUUGCCCGUACUACUACGGUUCUUGCGAACCCCAAUAAAGCCCCGUCCACAACGAGUACCUUUCGAGCGGACGUGAGCAGCAUACUUUUCGGGGGGUCGGCAGCUACUUCGUUCGGAGCUUAUUCCGCCACUGCGACCGGACACCCGGGCCACGACCGUAGCAGGUCCGCUACUUCUGGAAUAAGCGGAAGGAACAUCACCAGGCAUGAUAGUACGCAUAGAGACGAAAUCUCCGACGAGUCCGAUGUGAAUGAGGAGUCGUUUGAGAAUUCUUCUGCUGCAAAUAAGGCGCGGCACGCUCGUGUGCUUACUCCCGCGGAUUCAGCAGGGGCUGGCGAAAACCGAAAAGCUUCGUCGCUUUUACCGCCACCCGUGCCUGUCGGGGUUGUUGCAAGUUCAUCUGGUAGCGGAGCAGCAUCCGCGUUCUUCCGAAUAGAAGAGGAGGACCCCGCUCGGAAUGGUCGUGGUGGAAGUGAUGAUGGUGCAGCCCACUACAGCACUUCUCAAGAGCAGCAACAAGGCUCACCUUACAUGAAACCGUCAGGAGGAGCUGCAGGCAUUGGUUCGAGGACACGCAUAGCCGCAACCAGACCCGCGGAAGUUCUGUUGCAAUCCGGAGCAGGACAUCAACACUCGGAAACGAAAGCUGUUCUGCCUCCUUCCGAGGGCCCAGAAGACGAAGAGGAAGGGGGGCAGGAAAUGGUCUCGCAGCUCCCAUCCUGGCAUUUCGCGCACGGUGCCAUGACCCGAACAACUGCAGCAAGCCGGAAGAACAGCGUCGAACAAAGUAGUUCAUCUACUGUGUCUGGUCUAGCGCGGCGUAGGCAGGUUACCACAAGCACUUCUUCUACGCUAGGAGUACUGUGUAACGAGAGAGGGGCACAGCAGCAACACCACCCAACUACGUCCUCCGACACGUCGUCCUCGCCGGGCUUGCAUGUAGCCCCGAGAAGCCACUUGCGCCAGGAGUCAAGUGUGAAGGAGAAGUCCAGCACGGUUUAUGCUUCAUCUUCCAACGAGCACGCGGAACGAAUAAAUACUGUGCCGGGGGCAGACCGCCGACAAGAAAGAACCACAGAAAAAGAAGAACAUGGCAAUAAUGUCGUGGGCGAUCGGGGCAAAGCUGAUGAAAAAAAGUUGCAGUUGGACGAUCCGCCACCCAAGACCGCAAAUGAGACGAGAGCUGGCGUGCCAGUCAGUCUGCUGAACGACCUUUACGACAACGAUUUAGUACCAUGGACGACGGCAACCCAAGCUCAAGAGCUGGGUACAGCUGCAACUACCGGCGAUGUGUCGCCGAUGCUGGACUUUCAGUGCGGCGAACAGCAAGCUUCAUCCACCAACACCCCAGUCCUUUUGAAAAAGCAAGGCGACCACGACCAUAAAGAGCAGCUUGUGCUUCUAUCCGAGCAUCCAUCUUUUUCAACAGGUCAACAGAUCAUGCCGAAAAGGAUGGUAUUAGCCCCACCCCAGCAAGUAGAACAAGCGACGACGCAAGAAGACGACAGAGACGAAGUAGGAGGUGGAGAAGCAACAGUGCCACACUAUGUGCAGCCGGUUGACCAGCAACCCCAACCACAUUUUCUCGAUCGAGGAGAAGAAUCGAACGCAGCUGCGACUGUGAACGCCCACACCAAAUACACCGAGUCGAAAACCAAAACAAGUCCUGGAACUGUGCUCUCGACAAACGCAAGUGCAAAUACAGCCACUUCGCGCUUCGGUACGACUUCUACGGGCACGACUGCUGCCUCUGGCACGAUGCAAAAUAAGCCCCUUAGAACGCUUGCUUUCGACGUCCUCGAGGACAACUCGACAACUGGAGAGGAAAACACGAACACGCUGGAGCACGCGGACGGUGCGCAGCACAACUCUUCGGUGCUGGUGAACAUGAACUGCUAUGAUCGGCGAGAAGUA